GUACCUCUUGGAUGCCAGCGAGGCGCCCGCAGCCGAGAUUCUCUUUCCGUGGGUGUGCACGUGAUACCCUCUCUUGGAUCUGCUGCUGAGACCAUGGCGGAAACCCCCCGGCCACACGGUGGCAAUCAGGAGGAGGAGCUAGAAGAAUACACCACAAGCGCUGGCAACAAUUGCCAGUAUGGUUGGUACAUGAUGGGGGCCGCGGUGUUCCUCUCCCUGGUUGCGGCUGUGGCACUCUCGGGCUCUCUGGGCGAAACGCCACCGAUCGCUGCAACGACGUUGGAGGAGUUCCAACGAAGGAAGGCGUGGGACGAGGGGGCCACAACCGGCGGGGGUUAUCGUCGCCGGAGAAGAAAAAGGCGUUCUCUGUCGGGCGAGGCUUCUGGGCAAGGUGUCCCGACAGUCGAGCUUGGAGAGGAACUGCCGACGCAGUCGCCGCAAUCAAAAGACGAGAAGAAGAGCGACGAUUCCACGGAGCCCCCGGAAUCCUGGAAGGGGAGGGGGGGUCCUUUCGGAAUCGACGGGGAUUGGCGAAACGCGCUUCAGGAGGACGGGGGUGACGGGGCUGAGAACGGGCUGCGAGGGGAGGCCUGCAUGACCCACGAGAAUCGGAAGGAGGUGGCCGUAUGCCUACGCACCAAGGACUACGGCAGGUUCCUUCCCGAGUGGGUGGCCUUCCACUACGCCAUAGGCGUGGACGAAGUCUCCAUCUACGACGACAACAGCGUGGAUCAAACGUCGGAAGUGCUCAAGCCUUUCGUCAGCGCGGGCAUCGUUCGGUACAUCUUCGACAUGAUCCCUAGGCGGAACGCCCAGAUGGAGCCUCUGAACCGCUGCUUGCGGCACUACAUAAACCGAAAGAAGGACGACCCUGAGAACGCUCCCAGCUGGCUGCUGUUCCACGACAACGAUGAGUACGUCUACCCGCGGGACACCAGCAUGACCCUCUUCGACGCCCUCAACAAGCACGAGUCUACCUGCUGUGCCCUGGUGCGCCGCAUCCAGUACGGCUCGGGAGGGCACGACGAGAUGCCAAGGGGGUUGGUCAUGGACAGCUUCAUGGCUCACCAGAAUGACUCUUCGCAUCACGCCAAUCCCAAGGUCGUGGUCAACCUGACUCCUACCGAAUCGGAUCCAGUAGCGCCUCCGCUGAAGAGCAUGCACAAGGCGGAGGGGUGCGCAUGCCUGGACCUGAAGCAGGAAGUGCUCAUAAACCACUACCUGGGGUCCCGCGGAGACUACCUGGAAAGGGUACAUCGGUACUGGUCGACGUAUAUGGCAGGCGACAACGAUCCCGGCCACAGGCUCAGCCAGAGGGAUGUAAACGACCGCGUCUCUGACACCAUUACCCACUGGUCUUGCUCUACUCGAGAGGUGCUCUACCGAGUUGACAACGGCCUCGACCUUCAGACGGGACUGCCGCCCUCCACUUGAUCGGUCGAAGGACCGACCACCACGUGGGUGGUUGGACAAUCAAUCCGUGGGUGGGUGUGGUUCGUGCCCGGUGUUUCUUUGUGUUGGUGGCAAGCCUCUCGCUGUUUGCGUGUGUGUGCUCGAUGUGUUGGUGAUGUAGAAUAGCUUUUUUUCGUUCGUUUUCGUUCCACACUUCCUUGCUUUGCUGCACAACGUAGUCUCUACUCUCACUCCAAGGCCCCUGGGUCAUUUACAGUACGCGCCGGAAAAAUCCCCUUGGCCGCCAAUGGCGAGGUGGCGUCGGCAGGGGGAGCGAGCGUUUUUGGUCUGGUGCCGACACUGAUACUGCGCGGUUUGCUAGCGUGUUUCGGGCGGAGAAAUCGAGAGACAGACAGGCGUUGUUUCCAGAGCCUUUGCACUGGCUGGUGUUGUUAUCGUUGUUUUGGUGAUUAAACGUCCUGAGGUAUGUAUGUAGAACGACGGACUUCUCUAAGAAAUUGUACGUAAAUCC